AUGGAAGUAUGGGCUAACCUCAAAGCGAAACUCACUCAAAGACAAAUGCAAGAACAAAAAGAAUAUGAAGAUAAAUUAGCCGAAAAGAUUGAAAACUUGACUUCUCUUCAAGAGCUCGCCAAAAGAGAAGAACUAGAACUUUUAGCCGAAGAAAUUAAUCAUCACAAAUCUCUCGUGGAGGAAUUAGUCAAACGAACUAAUCAGCAACCUUUAUCUCCUGCUGAUCAAACUAAAUAUGAAAAAGCG